GAGGGAAGGGACACAGGAGAGGGAGGAGACGCAGGCGUGGUAGCAGACUACAGCCAUGGAGGAAGUGAUGCUGUAUGAGGAGCAGCAGACCUGUGCCUGCUGUGUGUGUCGUGUGGAGGCCUUGCAGCAUUAGCAGUGUUACAAGUUGCAAGCGAACUUGACUGUUGUGACGUGUGUUGCAGCCCCCCGAGGCCACAACACAACAUGUAGACUCUAUAGCAUUGAACCUCAAUACAUCUGCCACACUGACUAUACCACUGCAAUAUUGUCUGAACUACCACUGCAACAUCCAGAUUUGAUCACAAAUAAACAGUCGAGGAAAAUUUUGUGCGUAAGGUUUGAAAAAAAAAAAGCACCGGACACUUCUAAAAAAUAUUAACACCGUAAUAUUUUUUUUCGUAAAUCAGUUCUGGAGCGCUGAAAGAAAAGUGUAAGAUCAAGAUAAACACACCAUGACAUUGGCUCUUAAGCUCUGGUGUUUAGGGGCGUGUUUGGCUCUCUCAGAGUGCCUGAAGAACGAGCUGUCGUGUUACCAGUGUAACGUCAGCGAUAACGUAGCUUGCAGUGACGAAUAUCUUCUACCAUGCCCCAACAAGCAAGCUUAUGACAGAUGCGAGACCCGAGAGAGGAAGACAGCUGACGGUCGACGCUGGGUGGAGAAGGGCUGUGCUCUCUCACCCUGUCAUCUGCGGCCUGAGGAAGAAGCGUCACUGGGUCUGCUCUGUGACUACUCUGCCCCGAGCUAUGACUGUGUCUUCUGCUGCAAGGAGAGUGGUUGUAACAGCAGCGGCAGAGUCGCCGUCAGCCUGUUUAUCUUGUCAGUGGUGGUGAUGUUAGCAUCACUGGCGCCUCUGCUCAUGUCCCUGAUAAUGCUCCGCCAUCCCUAGACUCUAUAGCCUCUUCUCCAGGACGACUACCUUCUCGCCCUCCUCACAACUCCACCGACAUGGCUUAUUCUACCACUGCUUGACACUUCACUACCAUUAUCUCUACUGUAACCGAUUUUGUAUCUCUUGUUACCUGUUUCCUGUUAAAUCAUUAAUCUGAUAUCAUUUUAACCUGUUUUCUUACAUCUACUGCCUUCCACCCUUUAUGUUUCACAUAUUUUUUCCAUUUCGUUUGUCCUUUCCCAUCUCUAAUCUUCACAGCAGCUUCCAUCAUCUCCAUGUAUAGCUUCUUAUCACCCACCUUUCAUCUUCCAUCCCCCAUAUUCUCUAUCAGUGCAUUUUACAGCAUAAUAUUCUCAUCAUGAGUUAGCUAGAAGCUUCGUAGAAAGAAAAAAAAACAUAUGUAGACUGUAAAUAUAUUGUUUAUUUCUCAGAAUCUCCAGGAAAUUCGAGUAAUCUAUCUAUUUGAUCCAUGUUUUUGAUACAACUUUACGUCUUAAAGAUCUUUCAUAGCAUAGUUGUCGGUUCUUUAGUUUGUCAAGCCUGAUAUUUAUUUUGUCCAUCUCCUGUCAAUAUC